GCAGUCCGGCGAGCGGGGCGCGGGGCCGCCUCAGGGGGCGCGGGCGCAGGUGGCCCGGCGCCCUGUGGAGCCCUGGGGCUCCGGAGCUGCGGCGUUCGGCAGGUCGAUAGGGGAUCGAUAGCAGCUCCCGCGGCACCAUGACUCGGGCAGCCGAGGCCCCGCCAGCCGGCCGGGAACCGGUCCGAGGUGGCCUGGCGGGCGGCGCGGCAGCAGGUGCUGGGGUGCAGUAGCGGAUAGGGCGGGCGCGCGGCCAGGCGACUCCCGGGCCCCCAGCCCUCGAGAUCCAACUCCAGCCCGGGCCCAAACAAGUUGCUCCGGCGGCGGAGAGCCAGGCUACGGGGCCGCCGGCCCGCCAUGCCGGCGGUCAAGAAGGAGCUCCCAGGCCGCGAAGACCUGGCCCUGGCUCUGGCCACCUUCCAUCCGACCCUGGCCGCACUGCCUCUGCCGCCGCUCCCAGGCUACCUGACACCACUGGCAGCCGCGGCCGCGCUGCCCCCGGCCGCCUCGCUCCCCGCCGCGACCGCCGGCUACGAGGCGCUGCUGGCUCCGUCACUUCGCUCCCCGCGCGCCUACCUGAGCCUGCACGAGGCCGCCCCGUACCUCCACCUGCCCCGGGACCCUCUGGCCCUCGAGCGCUUCUCGGCCACCGCGGCCCCAGCACCGGAUUUCCAGCCGCUGCUCGACAACGGCGAGCCGUGCAUCGAGGUGGAGUGCGGCGCCAACCGCGCGCUGCUUUACGUGCGCAAACUCUGCCAGGGCAGCAAGGGCCCGUCCAUCCGCCACCGCGGGGAGUGGCUCACACCCAACGAGUUCCAGUUCGUCAGCGGCCGAGAGACGGCCAAGGACUGGAAGCGCAGCAUCCGCCACAAAGGAAAAAGUCUGAAGACGCUUAUGUCCAAGGGGAUUCUGCAGGUGCACCCUCCGAUCUGCGACUGUCCGGGCUGUCGAAUAUCCUCCCCGGUGAACCGGGGGCGGCUGGCAGACAAGAGGACGGUUGCCCUCCCCACCGCACGGGUCCUGAAGAAGGAGCUGACCCCCAGCUUCGUGGCCAGCGAUGGUGACGGCGACGGGAAUGGCCUGGCCUGUGGGCGGCGGCCAGGCUUGAAGCAGGAGGGAACCCCACCUGUCCGUAUCAUGAAGAGAAGAGUCCACACCCACUGGGACGUGAACAUCUCCUUCCGAGAGACGUCCUGCAGCCAGGACAGUGACCUGCCCACCCUCAUAUCCAGUGUCCAUCGCAGCCGCCACCUCGUUAUGCCCGAGCAUCAGAGCCGCUGUGAAUUCCAGAGAGGUGGUGUGGAGAUUGGCCUGGGGGCCGCAGGUGACCUGUUGGGCAAGAGGCUAGGCCGCUCCCCUCACAUCAGCAGUGACUGCCCAUUGGAGAAGAAGGCACGAAGCAAGUCACCCCAAGAGACUCUGUUGCUGCCAGAACUAGGGCCCAGCAUGGCCCCUGAGGAUCAUUACCGCCGGCUUGUGUCUGCCCUGAGUGAGGCCAGCACCUUUGAGGACCCCCAGCGUCUCUACCACCUGGGUCUCCCCAGCCACGAUCUCCUGAGGGUCCGGCAAGAGGUGGCAGCAGCAUCUGUGAGGAGCCCCGGUGGCCUGGAAGUCCACCUACCCUCAUCCACAGCAGGUCAGCGUCGAAAGCAGGGCCUGGCUCAGCACCGAGAGGGCACCGUGCCAGCUGGCACCCCAUCUUUCUCAGAGAGGGAGCUGUCGCAGCCGCCCCCUUUGCUGUCGCCCCAGAAUGCCCCUCACAUCGCCCUGGGCCCCCACCUUCGGCCUCCCUUUUUGGGGGUGCCCUCGACCCUGUGCCAGACCCCAGGUUACGGCUUCCUGCCUCCUGCCCAGGCGGAGAUGCUCGCCCGGCAGCAGGAACUCCUGCGGAAGCAGAACCUGGCCCGACUGGAGAUGUCGGCAGAGCUGCUGCGUCAAAAGGAGCUGGAGAGCGCUCACCGGCCGCAGCUGCUGGCGCCCGAAGCCGCCCUGCGCCCGGCCGACGGCGCAGAGGAGCUGCAGCGGCGCGGGGCCAUGCUGGUGCUGAGACACAGCUCCGCGCCGCUGCUGGCCCUGCCCCCCCAGGGACCCCCAGGCCCCGGCCCCCCCACCCCUCCCCGGGAGCCUGUCCGCCGAGCCCCUCGGAAGGGGGGACCCAGCCCUGCCUCAGCCCACUCCAGUGAGUCCAAGGAGACCACCGGGGCUGGGCUCUGGGCACAAGAUGGCUCUGAGGAUGAGCCCCCAAAGGAUUCAGAAGGAGAGGACCCUGAGAUGGUGGCUGCUGGGGGCCAGGGCCCCACCCUGGGCCAAGCCCCAACUGGAGGGGCCAGCCCUGACGGGAAGGGGCUUCUCUCAGGGUCCAUGCUGCCCCCUCCACUGCCCCUGGGCUUACCCUACACCGUCAGCCCCUACUUCCACACAGGCACCAUGGGGGGACUCUUCAUGGAUGGGGAGGAGGCCACAGCCCCUGAGGACCUCAGCAAGUGGACGGUGGACGAUGUCUGCAGCUUUGUGGGGGGCCUGUCUGGCUGUGGAGAAUAUGCACCGGUCUUCAGAGAACAGGGGAUUGACGGGGAGACCUUGCCCUUGUUGACCGAGGAGCACCUCCUGACCACCAUGGGACUGAAGCUUGGGCCUGCUCUCAAGAUCCGGGCCCAGGUGGCCAAGCGCCUGGGCCGAGUCUUCUACAUGGCCAGCUUCCCUGUGGCUUUGCCACUACAGCCACCAACACUGCGGGCCGCAGAGCGGGAGCUCACCUCUGGGGAGCAGGCCCUGUCUCCGGCAUUGGCCCCUUCCCCCUAUGGUGGGGGGCACCCCCUUGCUGGGAGAGCCUCACCCAAGCAAGAGAAUGGAACUGUGGCUCUACUCCCAGGACCUACAGACCCCUCCCAGCCUCUAUGCUGAACUGGUGGCAGAACCACCCUGA